AUGAGGAUGCUGUUUCAUCCAACGACAUUGAAGCUGCUGCAUGAGUGGAAGGAGUCAGCGGAUUUGAAUGUUCGACUGGAACUGCUUGUGCUGCUGGUGGAUUGCAAACGAAAGAUUGAUUACAAAGCGUUGGAUGAAAUUUUGUAUCGAUAUAAGAAGAAUAAGCCAGGCAAAAAAGACAGAAUGAGGUAUUUGAGAGCAAUGAUUGAUAUGAACUUUGCGAAGAAGGCUGUUGAAGGCAGUGAUGAAUAUGUGUAUGCAGCAAAUGAUGUUUCUGGAAUUCCGAAGGGUAUAUUUAGUCUUGUAAAGAGGAUUAGAAACAGUGAGCUGGGCAAAGGCAGAUCUAAGAAGCAAUGCUUGGAUAGAAGUAUGAGCGACUCGAGCAUGCUGAAGUUUGUCAGUGUGCAAAGCAGAAAGGCGCCUGAAAGGCCGGCGAUUGGAAUGUUUUAUCCGGUGUGCUUUGAUGAAAGUGUUGCGAUUGCCACGCCAACGUGUCCUUUUGGCUGCAGUAUUCGGAUAAGGAAGGAUGUGCAGAAUUCACGAAGAUUGACAUUCAUCAAGUUCAGUGAUCAGCCGAAGCCGCCAGUCCACAGGGUUUUGAAUGAAAAGCUGCCUGUACGAAAUAGCACUUUAAAGCUUCCACAUGUGCUCGACUAUGAAUAUGAAUCUGAUUGGGAGGAUGUGGAUGAGGCUGAGGAUAUUGAGAGCAGCGAUGGAGAGGAGGUGGAGUCUGAGAGCAGCGAUGAAUGGGUUGAGAGAGACAUGGAGAACAUGGAGCCAGUGAGAUCGAAUAAGAAGCCGUCGAUUAUGUUUCCGAACUGUAAGUAUGAGGUUUUUGAGCUGUUUCCAUCUGCUUGGCUUGCAUUGCCAGUGCUUGACCGCGAGGAGUUUCCUGAGGACCUUGCUAUUGAAUUGAAAAAGGGGCUUUUGGUCAACAGCGAUACACAAACGUUCUUGAGAAGAUUCAGCAGCAUGUAUGUGAUAAGCCCAUCAUGUGUUGCGCGAAAAGCAAAGGAAAUAGAAAGAAACGAGAUGUGUCUCUUGCAGUAG